AUGGCAACCUCAACCUCAACCUCCCACGCCUCCAAUCAACAUUCCAAUCAACACCCGAAUCAACACUCCAAUCAGCACUCCAAUCAGCACUCUAAUCAGCACUCUAAUCAACACUCCAACACCACCUCAUCUCCAAAACUCAAAUCCAAAUCCAAACCCAAACACGUCGUCUCCAUCCCCGAUGGCCGCCGGAACAGCCAAGGCGAGACCAUCGUCAGCCCCAGCGAGACCUGGUGUCCGAAUCUCAACCGCCAACAGAGCUGGGACCGUGAAGAUCUAAAGCGGCAAUUCUUUCAAUACUCGCUCAGCGGUGACGGAAAGGGGCCGGAGGCAGAGGUCGGGGAGGAGAAAGGGUUUACUGAGGCUAGGGAGUGA